AUGGCGAGCGCCUGCAUGGCGAGCUGCUCCGUCGCAUUACCGAGUGCCGGUGCCCGCACCUUUACGACUGAUUGUUACACGACGCGCUGCACCGAGAGAACGGCCUGUCAUGCUGUGGCCACAACGACCGUAACCCGCACUACAAGCGGCUGUCCAACUCUGAGCGCCUACCAGCCAUGGUGGACAGACAAUAACCAGGCCGUGUUCGCGCCCAGCGAGAAUGGCUGGGGUGGUUUCUUGGCGGCAACCGGCACAUAUCUCGAUCCGGCCCUGAACACGAUCCUCAUCAAUUAUGAGUCGGGCACUGACAAUGAAGACGGCGACGGCAGUGGCGGUGAUCCCGUACCAAGCCCGGGACCGGAACCGAAGACCAUACCAGCAAGUGGUCGUGAGGGCUACGGUGGUGUCUUCUUGAUGGUGUACUGGGAAGUCGGGGGCAAGGGCCAAUACCGUGGUUACAGCUUGUGGUCUAAAACCCUGAGCAUCAAUAACCCAGAUAUCUGCACAUGGGAAAAGGACCAGCUCACUUUGACAUGGAAGGAUUAUCCUGGAGACCCAAUCAUGCCUCCGCGUACGUUGACAUGUGGCAAGUAUAAAGAUGCCACGCUCGAGAACUUUACAGGAUCGUUCGGCAGUCCUACACCGACAGGCAAGUGUGGUAGUGUGAGCUGGGGAUCUAUCAUUGUCUGCCACUGCUUCAAUUAUUGA